GGAGGGCCGGAGGGCCGGGCCGCGGGUACGGCGGCUGAAGAGAGACAGUCGGAGCGGGAGGGGGGGGCGAGAACGAAGGCGGCGGGAGCGGUGCUCAAACCGGCGUGGGCCGCGGGGCAGGAAACGGCGGCCGGGCCGAAGGGCCGCCGAGUUGCGGAGGAGCAGAGUGUAAAGAAUUGGAAACCAAGGAGCCAUGGAUAGAAGUGUGGGUGAAACAGAAAAUGGAGAUGCUUUCCUUGACCUGAAGAAGUUGACCUCCAAAUCCCCUCAUCGAUAUACAAAAGAGGAGCUCUUGGAUAUAAAAGAACGUCCCUAUUCCAAACAGAGACCUUCAUGCCUCUCUGAAAAAUAUGACAGCGAUGGUGUCUGGGACCCUGAGAAGUGGCAUGCCUCUCUCUACCCAGCUUCAGGGCGGAGCUCACCAGUGGACAAUCUGAAGAAGGAAUUGGACACAGACCGACCUUCCUUGGCACGCAGAAUAGUGGAUCCUCGAGAGCGUGUGAAAGAGGACGACUUAGAUGUUGUUCUCAGUCCACAGAGACGAAGCUUUGGUGGAGGCUGCCAUGUGACAGCUGCUGUGAGCUCCCGACGCUCAGGAAGCCCGUUGGAGAAAGACAGCGAUGGGCUUCGCCUGCUUGGUGGACGCAGGAUCGGCAGUGGAAGAAUCAUCUCUGCCCGGACCUUUGAGAAGGAUCACCGUCUUAGUGAUAAGGACCUUCGGGACUUAAGAGACCGAGACCGUGAACGGGACUACAAGGACAAGCGUUUCAGGAGAGAGUUUGGGGAUAGUAAGCGUGUCUUUGGCGAGCGUAGAAGAAACGAUUCUUUCACGGAAGAAGAACCAGAAUGGUUCUCAGCUGGACCCACAAGUCAGUCUGAAACCAUUGAGCUGACUGGCUUUGAUGAUAAGAUACUGGAAGAAGAUCACAAAGGAAAGAAGAGAACAAGACGACGGCCAACCCCUCUGAAGGAAGGCAUAGUCGUGUGCAAUGGAGGAGUGGCCGAAGAGGAGGAGGUGGAGGUCAUUCUUGCACAGGAGCCUGCGGCUGAUCAGGAAGUGCCAAGGGAUGCCAUCUUGCCCGAGCAGUCCCCAGGAGAAUUUGACUUUAAUGAGUUCUUUAACCUUGAUAAGGUGCCAUGCUUGGCUUCGAUGAUAGAAGAUGUGUUGGGGGAAGGGUCAGUCUCUGCCAGUCGGUUCAGUAGGUGGUUCUCUAACCCCAGCCGAUCAGGAAGCCGGUCCAGCAGUCUUGGGUCAACACCACAUGAAGAACUGGAGAGACUUGCAGGUUUGGAGCAGGCCAUCCUCUCUCCUGGACAGAAUUCGGGGAAUUACUUUGCUCCUAUACCAUUAGAAGAUCACACUGAAAAUAAAGUGGAUAUUUUAGAAAUGCUACAGAAAGCCAAAGUGGACUUAAAACCUCUUCUCUCCAGCCUUUCUGCAAAUAAGGAAAAACUUAAAGAAAGCUCACAUUCAGGGGUUGUGCUUUCAGUGGAAGAGGUAGAAGCAGGGCUCAAGGGCUUGAAGGUGGACCAGCAAGUAAAGAAUUCAACUCCUUUCAUGGCAGAGCAUCUAGAGGAGACCCUAAAUGCUGUAACGAGCCAUCGGCAACUCAAAAAGGAUGGAGAUAUGACUGCGUUCAACAAGCUAGUGAGCACCAUGAAGGCAAGUGGGACUUUGCCUUCACAACCCAAAGCCAGUCGAAACCUUGAAAGCCAUUUGAUAUCCUCUGCUGAGAUUCCAGGCCAGCCGGUCCCUAAGAACAUCCUUCAGGAACUUCUGGGUCCACCAGUUCAGAGACCUGCAUCUUCCAAUCUUCUGAGUGGCCUUAUGGGGAGCUUGGAGCCAACAGCAUCUCUACUGGGCCAAAGAGCAUCCUCUCCUCCCUUGUCACAUGUGUUCCAAACGCGAGCAGCCUCUGCAGACUACCUUCGCCCUAGAAUAUCAUCACCAAUUGGUUUCACACCAGGACCGCAGCAGCUGCUCGGAGACCCUUUCCAAGGCAUGCGCAAGCCCAUGAGCCCCAUCACAGCCCAGAUGAGCCAGCUAGAACUGCAACAGGCUGCUUUGGAGGGCCUGGCCUUGCCACAUGACCUUGCAUUGCAGACAGCAAACUUCUACCAACCUGGUUUUGGCAAACCACAGGUGGACCGAACCAGAGAUGGAUUCAGAAACAGGCAGCAGCGAGUGACCAAGUCGCCAGCAUCUGUGCAUCAAGGGAAUUCCUCUUCCCCCGCCCCAUCUGCCUCCAUCACAAGCAUGCUUUCUCCUUCGUUCACUCCUACCUCAGUGAUUCGUAAGAUGUAUGAGAGCAAAGAGAAAAGCAAGGACGAACCAGCAUCUGGAAAAGCAGCAGCUGCUGACAGUAAAGAGGACACUCAGAAAACCAGUGAAGAGAACCACGUAUCAUCUAACUCUGUGUCCACUGCCGAGCGAGACUCUUCUCCCACCACAAACCCUAAAAUGUCAACCUUGCAGCGGUCUUCAUGCUCUACCCCACUGUCCCAAACCAACCGUUACGCCAAAGAACAAGACUAUCGACCUAAAGCAACCGGGAGAAAAACACCCACCUUGGCUUCACCAGUUUCAGGAGCACCUUUUCUCCGUCCUGUCCACCAAGUUCCUCUCGUCCCCCAUGUACCCAUUGUUCGGCCUGCUCACCAGCUUCACCCAGGGCUGGUCCAAAGGAUGCUGGCCCAGGGAGCACACCCACAGCAUCUUCCAAGUUUGCUCCAAGCUGGUGUGCUUCCUCCUGGGAUGGAUCUGACUCAUUUACAGGGAAUAUCUGGUCCAAUCCUGGGUCAGCCUUUUUACCCUUUACCUGCCACCAGUCACCCUCUUCUAAACCCUCGUCCUGGGACACCUCUGCAUCUGGCAGUGAUGCAGCAGCAGUUACAGCGCUCAGUUCUGCACCCUCCAGGCUCUGGCUCUCAGGCAGCAGCUGUCAGCGUUCCAAUCACCCCUCAGAAUGUGCCCAGCCGGUCAGGCCUGCCCCACGUGCAUGCCCAGCUGGAGCACCGCCCCAGCCAGAGGAGCAGCUCUCCCGUGGGCCUGGCCAAGUGGUUUGGCUCGGAUGUGCUGCAGCAGCCCCUGCCCUCCAUGCCUGCCAAAGUCAUCAGUGUGGACGAGCUGGAAUACCGACAGUGAGCAGCACAGGGUGAGGUUCACCUAAGCCUGGACCUAGAGUGACAGUUAAGUCAGGACUCUGCUUCCUCAUCCAGGGUUGCUUUACUGGCUUUUAUUUUGGAACAAUCUGAUGAAACUGUUUGGGGGCCUUUAGAAUGGAUGUCCAUGCAUCAGAUGUGGUCUGCAUUGUGGUGAAAGGGUCUCUUAGCCCAUCAGUGGAACCCACGGUCUGAACACAGGAGGCAAUACUGUCCAUCCUGAAAACAGUCCUUUUUUUUUGUAAGAUAUGUGAAUGAAGUGUUGGUGUCGGCACCUAAGGGUUCUGAGGAAAUGAAUGUAUAGACCCUUAUGUACAGACCUGUGUAUAAACAACUUUUGUAUAUACAUAUAGGAUAGCUUUUUUGAACUUAUACAGCUGUACAUAAAAGUAGCUGAUAUUAGUUAAGCCUGUGUCAACAUUUUGGUGUUUUUUUUCACUUGUACAUUUGGGACUUUUUUUUUUGGUUGAUUAAAGUUGCAUAUGCUAAGUGUGUGAAUGAAGUCAGUG